AAAACAAACCGAAAAUUUCAAAUUAUUUUCUGUUUUUAUAAGUUUGUGUUAAUAAAAUGGAAGAUUUUGAUGUAUUUACUGACGAAAUAGAAUUCAGUAGACCUGUUUAUAAAAAUCUAUUGAACAAAUAUGUAACUGAAAUACCUCGGACACCAAGUGGGCCAAAUUAUGAAAGUAGCAGAAAAUUAAUAGCUGAAGAGUUUUUGAGUGAGGGCAAUGAAAAGGCAUGUGCUUUUUAUCUGAGUGAAACUGCUUCAUCAUCAGUACGUACCUUAGCGGUCUACAGAGAUGAACAAAUGCAAAAUGCUAAAAAUAAAAUGCAGAAAAUUAUAAGCUACAUAAAGCCUAUACAAGAGAUAGUAAAUUCUACUGUAUCUUCUAAACAAGAUGAAGAGAUAUUGAAGUGUUUAUCAGACACAGAGGAUACAAAAAGAAUAUUAGAUCAAUAUGAAGUUGAAGAUGUGCCAUUUUACAAGCAGUACAUGAAAUUUAGUACUCAGAACAAUGUAGAAAACUUUGUAAAGAUCAUCAAAGAAUUGCCUAAAGAAUGGACAGUUGUUCAAUUGACAACCAGAUUCAAUCCUAAUGAAAACUUAAAGCCACAGACUGAGUACAGAACAGAGAUUGACGCAAUCUACAUUACGUUGCUGACCAAUGACUAUAGUACUCAAUAUGGUCCCCUUACAGUGUGUGCUCCGGCUAAUAUAACUAAAGAUGGUGAGAUGCCAUUGUUUGCUGAACUGUAUUCUAUCUUACAUGAAAAUUUCAAAACUAUAGAAGAUGCACAUUUUUCCAACAAAAAACUAGUGAAGAAAUACUGGGAGAGGAGAGAAGAUAUUGAUCUCAGGAUGAAGAGUGUGCUGAAUGUAAUGUCAAGAGAUUGGCUCGGGGGAUGGUGCAGUCUUCUCACAGGGAAACUUGUAGAUGAAGCACUAAGGAACAAGCUGGUCAAACUUGUUGAUUGCACUAUUGAUGAUUGGGGAUUUAUAAAACUUACAGCAAAACAAAAAAUAUUGCUAUACAAUUUAAUAGAAAGCUGUAUAGAAAUUGAUAUUAUACAAAUAAAGUCAUGUAUAAGGACUAUUUUAACAGAACAUGGAAAUAUUGAUGAAGUAAGAACUGUUUUAAAAGGUUUUGAGUGUGAGGCAUGCGCUGAAGACUUUCAAUUUUUAAAUGAUCUAUGUUUAAAUUGUCUAACAAAAUCAUUUCAACUUAUUCAUCACUUUUCGUUGGCUGAUGGCAUUAAAGCCUUCUCUGAACUGGCAACACAAGUGAAAGACGAUUGGAGUGACUUAAAAAAUGCAGAGAGAUAUCCAGUUAUUCUGAUUGUUGAUGAGAUUAUUGAUCCUUUUCCCUGGGAAACAUUAUCUGUGCUAUACAAUCAGCCUGUGUCUCGAAUAGAAAACAUACACUUUUUAUAUUUUCUGUUCAAAAAACAUGAGAAACAAAUAGUCAAUGGAUACUUCUGUGCUCAAAGUGAUAUUGGAAGAUAUGUUAUUAAUCCAGAAAAAAAUCUUGAGUACAUGGAGAAUCGCAUGAAAUCGUUCCUGAAAUAUUGGUGUCAGUCGUGGACGGGGCAUAUCGGAGAGGCGCCAACUCCCGAGGAUUUCUUCAACUAUAUCACCAAAUCAGAUAUAUUUUUGUACUGCGGUCACGGCGACGGCUGGCAGAUGGCGAACGGCAACACGAGCACCAACAUCGCGGACGGCCGCUGCAGCGCGUUGCUGUCGGGCUGCGGCUCCGUGCGACUAGCGCGCGCGCCCGGCCGCGCCCCGCCCGCCGCCGCGCACCACCAUCUACACGUGGCCGCCUGUCCCGUGGUGGUGGGUAUGCUGUGGGAGGUCACUGACCUGGAGGUGGACAAGGUGAUCAGCCGGCUGCUCUCCCUGUAUGUGCCCACUGACGCGCCGGUAGACUGGACCAGUGUUGGAAAAGAGAAAUGGAGUAUGGGACAGAUCGAUCUGAGCAAAAGUCAGAAGUGUCCGCCGGCCCCAGAAUGCGACUUACUGAAGGCGAUUUGUCGCGCGCGAUCCGCGACUAACUUCACUAUGAUCGCAAGCAGUCUGGUUGCCAGGGGCUUGCCCGUUAGAGUCGCACAAGACUGAGUAAAUAUACGAUUUCUAUUA